AUGGUUCCGUUGCACCGAAAUGCACAGUUCACUUAUUCAGAACCAGGGAAUAACCAAAAUUCACUGGCGAUAAAUCAUCAUCCAUCAAAGUCUACAGGGUUUGAUCUUGCAGAAAAGAGAAAGUCGAGCGAAAAUGUGAUGAAGAAUUCAAGAAGUGAAUCUUACUUAAGAGCAGAGGUUCCGGAGAAACCUGAUAAUUAA